AUGAUAUUAACGUAUUUGCAAUCUUCAAAUUUGUUUGACCAACUAGCACAAGGUAUUUCCUCUCUUGUUAAUUAUAGUAUUUUGGGAAAGAAUUAUGAUACAGGUUAUUGCUUGGCCGAUUGGAUAUACCAUAAAUGGUCUACUCUUGUACAAACAAUACCCCAACCACAAGGGCCUAAGAAGCAGCUCUUUGCUACUAUGCAAGAAGGAUAUCGAAAAGAUGUAGAGAGGGAUUUUGGUGUUCUUCAGUCACGAUUUGCCAUUAUCAAGAGACCAUCACGUUCUUGGGACAAGCGGGGACUACACGACAUAAUGACUGCUUGUAUUAUACUACAUAACAUGACUAUGGAUGAUGAACACGAUGCAGAACCAGAGAUUAUUGUUCAUGAUGAAUCUUCAAGACCUGAAGAGAUGGAGAUUGAUGAUGACGAACGAUUCCUUGAUCGACAUAGGAAGAUUCAAGAUAGGGAAGCUCAUUUUAUGUUUCAGAAUGCGCUAAUUGAACAUUUAUGGCAGAGGCAUGACAACGAAGGAAUGUAA